UAGUUCUCUUCCCAGCGCCAGACUCGAAUUUCCACACGCUACGGGAUGAUCGAUUUUGGUGACUUGAAGACCGCUUCGGCCCUGAAGAAGCUAGAUGGUUUUCUGCUUACCAGAAGUUAUAUAUCAGGGUUAGUGUGAAUUUUGCGUAUGUACGGUGGUGUAAUAAACUCGUCUAAUGGAUGAACGUAAAUGUUUAUUGGUAUUUCAAACUCCUGUAUAGCCUGAGUCUUGAGUUUGCCUUUUUUACCAUCACAUAUGUGCCCCUUAAACCAUUUUGCUAUGGGUUUACUCUAUUUUAUUGCACUAAGUGUUGGCCAAUUCGUAUUCCAGGUACAUCCUGAAAGUCACGGGCUGACCGUCGUUUAUGAACAAAUCGAUCUGAAUUAAGACUGCAAACCUUGAGUUCAUCUAUGUGGAGAAAAUAUGGGAUUGUUUCAGCCUACUCAAGCGGAUGUCUCAACUUUCAUAGCCCUUGGGAAGUCACCGUCAUCAGAUUUUGGCAAUAUUUUACGCUGGUACAAACAUAUUGACUCUUUUGGUGCGGAACAAAAAACAUUUCCUGCUCCACAGGAAUCCGCCAAUCCUGAACCAGCUAAAUGUACAUCGCCUGCCGCGAGUGACGAGCUCGAUUUAUUUGGCUCUGAUGAUGAUGAUGAUGAAGAAUAUGAAAAACUAAGAAGUGAGCGCCAGGCUAUUUACGAAGAGAAAAAAGCAAAGAAGGAUAUUCCUGCAGCAAAGUCUAUGGUUGUCUUUGAUGUAAAACCGUGGGGCGACGAAACUGAUAUGGCGGAGAUGGAAAAGGCUGUCCGUAGUAUUCAAGCCGAUGGGCUGUUAUGGGGUUCGUCCAAACUUGUUCCUUUGGCUUAUGGGAUUAAGAAACUCCAAAUUGCAUGUGUUAUUGAAGAUGAUAAGGUCGGAACUGAUAUGUUAGAAGAAGAAAUAACGAAGUUUGAAGAAUUUGUGCAGUCAGUUGAUAUAGCUUCUUUUAACAAAAUCUAGUUCUACUUUGGUAUAUGAAUAAAAUUUUUUAGAUGU